UCUCCCAUCAGAGUCAGUUUGAUCUAGUAUCUUUUAAUUUCUUGUGCCUGUGGUAACCUGCUCGUACACACAGGCAGGCUAACAUACUACCACAUGCCCUGGGCAUCCAUCUCGCCCACACUAUCACACGCUGACACCCUGGAUUUUCAGGACCAUUAACCCAUGAGUGUGGCCCCCUUCAGACAGCGAUGAGAUCGCCCCCCCUGUGCGCUCGCCCCGCAGCUAUGGGUCCAGAGACUCUAUUCUGAGCUCCAGAGAAAGAGAAAGCUGGAAGAAGGAGAAGAAGGAAGAGAGCUGUGCCCUCAAGCACAAGAGCUCCAGCGGCAGAGGACAGCGCCCCAGCGUGAGACAGAAGCGGAACGUGAACAUGAGGUGCUCCACGCUCCUGGCCAUCCUCAUCAUGGUGCUGCUGUACCUGGUGAUGGGGGCGCUGGUGUUCCGGGGCCUGGAGGCCCCCAGGGAGGAAGGGAAGCACUCCCAGCUGGAGAGCUACCUCGCAGCCUUCCUGGAGAACUACACCUGCAUCAACCCUGAAAUCCUGCAGACCCUCAUACAGGAAGUGUCAGAUGCAGUAGGAGCCGGUGUAGAUCCUAACAGUAACUCCUCUACAUUCUCAAGCCGAUGGGACCUAGCAAGCGCUUUCUUCUUCUCCGGCACCAUCAUCACAACCAUCGGCUAUGGGAACAUCGCCCCUCAGACAGAAGGGGGUCAGCUGUUCUGUAUCUUCUACGCCCUGGUCGGGAUCCCCAUGUUUGGAAUUCUUCUGGCGGGGGUGGGGGACCACCUGGGGACCGGUCUGAGGAAGACCGUUGCCAGGGUUGAGAGACUGUUCCUGCAAUGGAGGGUGAGUCCCACUAUAGUUCGUGUCAUCUCAGCUCUCUUCUCCAUCCUGCUGGGCUGCCUGCUCUUCCUUGCCGUACCAACCCUGGUGUUUCAGGAGGUGGAGGACUGGACCCUGCUGGAGUCUACCUACUUUGUGGUGAUCACUCUCACCACCGUGGGCUUCGGGGACUAUGUGGCAGGUGAUGGGGAUAUCACUGGUAAAGACCACUGGUACAAGCCUCUGGUGUGGUUUUGGAUCCUGUUGGGCCUGGCCUAUUUUGCUUCCGUCCUCACCAUGAUUGGGAACUGGCUCCGUGUGCUGUCCAAAAAGACCCGGGCUGAGAUGGAAGAGCUCCGAGCACACGCCACCGACUGGACCCAGAACAUCCAGAACAUGUCCGUUGACUUCCGCAUCCCCAACAUCGACGAUCCGUUCUACAAGAGCCGGCGGAGACGGCAUCACCGGAGGCCCCGGAGCCACGGCCACCACAGCCGCAGCCAGGGAAAGGGGGAGGCGGGCACGGGGAGUGGAGGCAGAGCCCUGGAGAACGGCCGCCUGCCCAACGACGAGUCCGAAUCCUCCUCCUACUCGUACUCCUCGGACGAGUCAUACACAGAAUCUGGCUCCUCCGAGGUGACGGAAACAGAGCGGGUGGCGGACGGAACACAGGAUCCCCAGUCUCUACCGGAUCCAAUCAGCUCCCAACCCCUGGAUUAUUUCGGAGAGAAUCUGGCCUACAUCGACGAUUCUUCAGAUGCGCUAAGCGGGAGGUUCAAAACGGAUUCCGCCCAAGACCAUACCAAUUCCAACCCACAGCGCAAGGGUAGGAGAAGACGUCAUAGAAGACCACUCAUCCAUAAAAACCUCAAAACCCCACAAGCCAAUGGUAACCUGGAGAGGAAAGAGCCGAAUGGUGACCUUCAGCCUCCACCUGAUCCUCCACCCCCUCCCCCAGAGCCCCCACAGUGAGGCCAAUGUGUUCAUGGGAACUACGAUGCAAAUUUGUUCACAAGAUUUUGCCUGCCACCCAAUGAGGCCUUUUGUUUCUGUGUACACGUGUCUAUGUGUGUGUGAGAGAGUAUGUGUAUGUAUGAGAGAGAGAGAGAGAGAGAGAGAGAGAGAGAGAGAGAGAGAGAUAAAGAUUAUGUAUGAUUCAAUUUGUCUCUGUGGGUUAGUUAUUUUGUGAGUGUGCGUGUGGGUUUGUAAGUGAGAGAAAGAUCCUUUGGCCUUCAAGAUGCCUCAUUGCCACAGAAACACCUCACGGCGUUAGUUUAUCAGUGUCCUCUCCUGGGCCACAUAGAAGUACUGAACUCAGUGCUUCAUAACCACAUUUAUCAAUGUGGGCUGCAUGUGCGGCUUGAAUGUGUCAUCUCCCACUUUUAUUGCACAUUCAUGAGAAUGUUCUGUGGCCUUCCCUUUGUCUGUGGCACAAAAUGGAUGCUGACUGUUCAAAAAAUGGUUGCUCCUCUCCUUUCUACAAGACUAUUUAUCUUUCACAGAUCUACUGUGUUAGGUUACACUCUUUCACCUGCAUGCCUGAUGAAAAUGACUGCUCUUUAACUGUUCUAUCACAGCUUUAAAGCUACAGGUGUAACUUUUUGACAAGGGUUACUUUAUUAUGAGCUUGUGAAAAGCAUUACAUCUCAGGAAAGACUUAACAAAAGAAUGUUAUGAAAA